AUGGCUCAAGGCGGCAUCAAAUCCUCGUCGCGCCCUGCGCCGACGGGCAAGCCCAAGCAGAAGUCGACCAAGAACGCCUCGCGCGUGGCGAAGCCGCAAAAGGCCAAGGCCCACGGCUCCGCGGACAAGUUGCAGAAGAAGCUCGCCGCCGGCCUCGUCAGCCGGACGGAGAAGCUUCUCGGCGAGCGGGCCGGCCAUCUGGAGCUCAUCGGCAAGGGCAAAAAGGCCAAGGGUGCCAAGGACGAGAAGACGCACAAGGGUGGCAGCCGCAAGUACGGCUAA